GAUUCCUCUUUUUUUCUUUUAGUUUUCUCAUUUGGACUUGGUUAGUGCUGGGAAUGGGGACUCUGGGGCAUCUGCAUUAGGCCGACGCUGGAGUCUUUUCUUCUCGAUAUACCUUUUACUGAGUGUCUGUGUGUGUGGGUGUUUAAUAAUUUUUUUCUAAACUCCCUACUCUGAAACGAUUGAAGAUGAUGAGGCGUGGUGUAUGGUGUGGUGUCAUGGUAUCCCCUGCUCUCUGCUUUUGUGCACCCUGCGUUUUGGCCUUUUUCCUUCUCUUUUCUUGUCUGUGGUUCUUCACGACUCUGAAAAGUUUAGGGGUCCUCGGUCACCCUGUUUCUUCGCUAUCGCUUGUUGGCAGACGUAACCCUUUGCCAGGGCGGUUGGGGGGGGGGCUGAGAUUAGAUUUCUGUGCAGCGUGUCUGGCGUGUAUUUAGUUUGAAUAAGAGAUGUUUAUGGUCUAGAUUGCGGUGGAUGGCUUGCUUGCUUGU